AAUACAAGAGGAGCGCAAAAUGGCGGAAGCGCCGAGUCCCGUGCACGGCGCCGCCACCGUCCCAGAGAAAGAAGUAUCGGGCAAGCUGCAGCCCUUCUCCCGGGACCUACCGGGGGCUCUGUCGGCCAAGAAGGUCCGGACGGAAGAGAAGAAGCUGCCGCGGAGAGUGAACGGAGAAGGGGGCAGCGGCGGCGUCCACAGCAGGCAGCCUCAGCCGGCGGUGGCGGCGGCACCUUCUCCUCGGAGCUAUGGCAGCCCGGCGUCCUGGAGCUUCUCGUCUCUGUCGGCCGCGUCCCCGUCAUCCUCUUCUCGAAGCUCUUUCUCCUCCUCCUCCGGCGCAGCCUCGGCUUCCCUGUCUCCUCCGGUACCUCCGCGUAAAGUGCUGGUCCCUCCUGCGCUGCCGCCGCGCGCUCAGCCUCCGCAGCUCCUGCAGCCGGCCAAGCCGCGCACACCCAAGGACAGGCGGGAGAAGGAGAAGCGGAGGCACGGCCUCGGCGGGGCGGCCGCCCGGGAGGAGAACGGCGAGGUGAAGCCUCUGCAGGCUCCGCAGCCUCUUCCGCCGCGAGAUAAAAUCAAAGUUAAAGAACGAGACAAAGAGAGAGAGAAAAAGAGGCACAAAGUAAUGAGUGAAAUCAAGAAGGAGAAUGGAGAAGUCAAGAUGUUGCUAAAAAGUGGGAAGGAGAAAACCAAAGCAAGCGUGGAAGACUUACAAAUGAAAAAGGUGAAGAAGAAAAAGAAAAAGAAACACAAAGAGAACGAAAAACGGAAACGGCCGAAGAUGUACAGCAAGUCCAUCCAGACCGUGUGCUCAGGAUUGCUGGCCGACGUGGAAGACCAGGAAACCAAAGGCAUCCUAAGUGAAAACGUGCACCACGACGCUGGCAAGCACUGGGAUACCAAGGACGCUGAGCCCAGGAGGCCAGAGAACAGCGAGUGUCCAUUUGUGGCGUUAAAGGAGCCACGAGUGCAGAAUAACCUCAAAAGACUGGACACUCUGGAGUUCAAGCGACUCAUCCACAUCGAGCAGCAGCCGAAUGGCGGUGCCUCGGUGGUCCACGCCUACAGUAACGAACUCUCCCACCUGUCUCCCGUGGAGAUGGAGAGGUUCGCCGAGGAAUUCGUGGGUCUGGUGUUCAGUGAGAAUGAAAACGCUUCUGCUUUCUAUGUAAUGGGUAUUGUUCAUGGGGCGGCUGCUUAUUUGCCCGACUUUUUAGACUACUUCUCGUUUCAUUUUCCCAAUUCGCCGGUGAAAAUGGAGAUAUUGGGAAAGAAAGAUAUCGAGACGACGACUAUGUCCAAUUUUCGUGCUCAGGUGAAAAGGACCUACUCUCAUGGUACUUACAGAGCUGGCCCGAUGCGACAGAUAAGUUUGGUGGGAGCAGUUGAUGAAGAAGUGGGGGACUACUUCCCAGAAUUCCUUGACAUGCUGGAAGAGUCACCAUUUUUAAAAUGUACACUGCCGUGGGGGACGCUGUCCAGUCUGAAAGUAGAGAGUCGGACAGAUAGCGAUGAUGGGCCCAUCAUGUGGGUGCGCCCCGGAGAGCAGAUGAUUCCCGUGGCCGACAUGCCAAAGUCACCUUUCAAAAGGAAAAGAACUACCAAUGAGAUCAAAAACCUUCAGUACCUACCUCGAACCAGUGAGCCUCGCGAGAUGCUCUUUGAAGACAGGACGAGAGCGCACGCGGACCACAUCGGGCAAGGCUUCGAACGACAGACGACAGCUGCCGUCGGGGUACUGAAGGCCGUGCACUGUGGAGAGUGGCCUGAUCAACCCCGAAUAACCAAAGAUGUGAUCUGCUUCCAUGCUGAGGACUUCUUAGAAGUGGUUCAGCGGAUGCAGUUGGAUUUGCACGAACCUCCCCUGUCUCAGUGUGUCCAGUGGGUGGAUGACGCAAAGCUGAAUCAACUGAGGAGGGAAGGCAUUCGAUAUGCUAGGAUUCAGCUGUUUGAUAAUGACAUUUAUUUCAUCCCAAGGAAUGUUGUGCACCAGUUCAAGACCGUCUCAGCUGUCUGCAGUUUAGCCUGGCACGUUCGGCUGAAGCUAUACCACUCAGAGGAGGAGCACUCCUCUGAGGACACAGCUACGCAGGACCCAGGCACGGCCCCAGAUCCUGCGCCAUCAGCUCUUGGGUCUGCCGGUGCCAACACGACUUGUGCUGGAAACAAAACCUCCUUGGAUUCUGUGUUUUCACACAGAUCUCAUUCUAAAUAUGAAUUACAACAGAUUAAACAUGAACCUGUUGGAUCUGUAAGAACCAAGGAAGAACCUGUGAAUGUUAAUGUUUCUGAAAAGACCAGAGCACCGAAUGCUAUGGACGGCAAGAGCGUGAAAGGAAAGUUAGAUCAUGUCCAAUUUACAGAAUUUCAACUUGGUGUGGAUUCGAAAUUCGCAAGCAGCAACAAGGAAUUAAAAGGAGAGUUGUGCCCUGGUAGGCUCCUCGGUGGAACUGACCCAAAGCCACCUCACUCAGCACAUUCAAAUCAGGAUGGAAAAGAUGGGGACAUUUUGUACUAAAUGUGUGCAUACAAAUAUUCUGUUGUUUUUUUUUUAAUUAAUGUAAUAAAGAUUGAUGAAUUCUGAAAGCAAGCCAACCACUUGCUCCCACAUGUGGUUACAAAAUAGAGUUUAUGUAGCUUUGACACAUUCCUCAGUGCCUGCCCACAACUGUGAAGUAAGAAGCACUUAAGGCCAGUUGCACUGUAAACAUUGCAGGUUGAAACAUAAAGAAAUUAAAAAACAAAUUAUUUGAGUUGGAGUUCCAAGUUUUAGAUUAACAUACAUAUUUUGUAAUAUGAGCCAGAAUUCCUUUUUUUUUUUUUUGACAACUUCAGGCUUUCCAUAGAGCUUAUUUAUACCAAUUUUUUUUUUCAUUUUAAAUGUGUUAGCACUGUAGUAUAAAUAGCUUUAAAAACUUUUUUUAGCGUGAUUUAUAUUGAUACAUGAGCCAUUUAAUAAAGGUUCAUAGUAAAUAUGUUUUCUGUUGGGUCUGCAAAGACAAAUUGACAGUUCAAUUAAAUCAUUUAUUUGAUAUAUUGCAUUUCUUUCUGCUAAUAUAUCCAUUUAGAGAGGCAGUGGAGUAUAAAUGUGCGUAUCCGAAUCUAGUAAAUAUUUAAAUUUUCACACUGUGCAAACAUUUUUAAAGAACCAAGGUUCAUUUAUGUGUGUAUGUAUGGCAAUGUAUAUAUGUAUAUCAUUAAUUUCUUAUGUUGCCGAUGAAAUGAGUAUGUGACACUCCUUAGCCCUAUCCCCUGGAAUACAUUUUAAAAUAUUUAUAUGCGCCGUAAAGAAAGGUGUUGCGAUAAUAGAAACGGUUUUAGAAAUAUGGGAGAAAUAAGGAGUGUUAAUGAAACCCAAACCUUCUAAUAAUGUGGGCAGAUUUUCUCUGUUGUAUGUGCAUUUUCUUUAUUGUGUAUGGAAUGAUGGGUUUAGAAAAUUUUCUUACUAAUGGGCAUCUGUGCUAUACUUCAUAGUAGCUAAGAUAAUCUUUAGCUACUGAAUGUUUAAUUAUAAUCAGUUGCAAUCUUCUUUUACGUUUUUUCUUCCUGAAUAUGGGGUCCGGGGGAGGGGAAAAAAUGGCAGCCACAGAAUCAUAAAGGGCGGGCACUGACUAAGACUCAACAACUGCUCUCUACACACAUGCAACUAACAGCGUGCUGUGUUACCUCAUUGUUCUCAGGAUCCCUUGCCCGCCUUAGCAAGGCAACGACUUGUAACACUUGCCUUUGAAAAGCAGCUCUGACAUACACCGUGAUGGGAAGUUAAGGUGGUCCCUGUCUAGAACAGAUCUCUGUAAUGACGGACUUCUGCACUACCGCGAACUGUGACUCAACCCAGACCAAGAGUCUCUGAUAUGUGCAUCGAUAAAAGGAGCUCUGAUCAUUGCAAACAUGUUUUGCUUUUUUUCUUUUUUUGGAUCUGUUCUGGGCCCAUGCUUUGGUAGAUGACUUCCAGUGGGGGGACUCUGUGUUUCUUCUUAGGCCACUGUUGCUGUGUAGUGUUUGUCCUGGCCUCUCGUGCGCCCGUCAAAACUGGUCAUUAGCUCCAGUUUGCCAGAGCAAAAAUUAGCUGCAUUCCUGGCUCCCAGUUUGCUAAGAAGGAAGGCAGAUGUCUUAGGAAAUCUUGAUGGUUUCUAGGAAAUUAACAGUUUUGCAACAUAGGAAAUGUCAUGGGAUAAGGAGGGCACAAAUGAUGAUCUAGUGAUGUAAAUAGGGGGUCUUGUUUCACGUGUUACUUGUCUUAUCAUGUUUUCCUAUGAAUUUUAGCUUCUGUUAACUUUUUGGAUUUGCACCUAAGUUGUUGGGGGGUGAAAGUUCUCCAUACACCAGUUUUGAAAAAAUGGGAAGGGAAGCUAAAAUGUUUUUCUGUUUGUUUUUUAGUUGAAGGGUGAUAUAUUUUCCAGGUGUGUGUGUGUGUGUGUAUGUAUGUUCCAGUUUUCCAGUAGCAUAUACAUGGAUACACUGAUGUCAUACUGCAAUAAAAAAAUUUUAGGGUCUCCCUCUAAGAUAUAUGAGCCUUAAACUUUUUUUUUUUACUUCAAGGAAGGCAUAACUAAAACAAACGGGUCUAGCUGCCAAUGUAGGCUAUCGUAAAAACAGAUCCACAAUUUGAAAAUUUAGUUUUGUGAAAUGUGUUCAUCUCCGUGGAGGUGAAAUACACAGUGUGGGCCUCAGAUUUCAGGAUACAACCCUGAGUAAUGCUUAUGUUCCUUGUCUUACGGCUUAUAAAUUUUAAAAUCCUCUGCAGAUGGAAUCUGAGAGCUUGCGAGCUGCCUUUGUUACAGACAAACUCUAUUUUAAUAUUGCAUUCUAUUUAUGGCUUCCUAGUUAGUACAUGCCAGCUCUUUAUCUGAAUAUAAGGGUUUUGGUUUGAUUUUUUAAUUUCCUGGACCAGAGCAACAAAGCACUGGAGAUAUCAUUUCUGUAUGAUCGUUAACGAUCUAGAAUUGUUGUGCAAGUUAUGAAAUGGAUAUACAGACCUUUACAUAAAAACCUAAGGUAACCUCUGUGGGGUCCACUGCAGCACCUCUCCCUCCCCCAUUUUGUUUAUCCCCUUAGAGGUAUCUAAGGAAAUGGAUGUUUCCUACUCAGGAUAGCUGGUUAGCUAGCAGAAGAUUUGAAAUAUCUGUAGUACUUUGUUGCACACUUUAAUAAAGCCAUAUUCAUCCUCUUCCUUGGCACCAAGGCUGUGGGCCUUAAAGAUCAGCUUGAUUCAGCAUAAUAUUGUAUGUAGGUGUGCGUGCAUGUAUAUGUUUUUCUGUGUGUACAUUUGCUGGAACCAUUCUCUAUUCAUUUUUAAUCCGCCCUGUAACUUUGUGGAGGGUUGGGUGUGUGGAGGCUUUCUUAGAUUAAGUUUUUGCGUGUGAGGCACUUUCUUCCCAAAUACCUACGGAAGGUAAGAAGAUUUUUUUUUUUUUUGUACAUAAUAAACCAGCACUGUUUGGUAAAAUGGCAUUCAGUUACUUUUUUGAAGUUUUAUUGUCAUGUAGAAAACAGCUCUCAAUAUUAACACUUGGCAAACGUGUGAUAUUUGUUAGAGCAGUUUAAGAGGUAUUUUUCUUGUCUUCCACCUUUCAAUAAAUGCUGAGCUUGAUAACC